GACCCACAAGUAUGUCUCAGCAGCUUCAAGAGCAAGUUUUGUGUCCCAUUGAUCCUUACCAGUAUCUUCAGAUUACCAGAAACCCAGACGGCUCCAUCACCCGUCUCGCCUCUUUUCCGACCAUCGUAGCCACGCCGGAUGCCGACACUCCAUCUCGCGUUCUUUCCAAAGACCUUCCUCUUAACCCCAACAACGCCACCUUCCUCCGACUAUACCUCCCUCACAAACUAACCUCUUCUUCUUCUUCUUCCAAAUUACCGGUAAUCGUGUACUUUCACGGCGGUGGAUUUGUAUUACUCAGUGCUUCUUCCUCUAUAAACCAUGACUUCUGUUCCGAAAUGGCUACCAAACUCUCUGCCGUUAUCGUCUCCGUUGAGUACCGUCUUGCUCCUGAAGCCCGGCUUCCGGCGGCCUACGACGAUGCCGUGGAGGCUUUACAUUGGUUGAAAGCCACCGAUGAGAAAUGGAUACGUGAAUUUUCCGACGUCUCUAGCUGCUACCUCAUGGGCACUAGCGCCGGGGGCAACAUGGCUUACCACGUAGGAUUAAAUGUAGCAGCAGCCGUUGAUGAAUUUGGACCCUUGAAGAUCAAAGGGUUGAUAUUGCACCAUCCAUAUUUUGGUGGGUCCCAGAGGACUGAGUCAGAGGUGAGGCUAGCCAAUAACCCGACUCUGCCGCUUAGCGCGAAUGAUCUGAUGUGGGAGCUCGCUCUGCCGCCAGGUGCGGACAGAGAUCACGAGUAUUGCAAUCCGACGGAGAUGCAUGAUUUGAGGACGCGAUUUGAUGAAAUCGGACGGUUGGGAUGGGAGGUGAUAUUAGCGGCAUGUGAUGGUGAUCCAGUGAUUGACAGACAGGUGGAGUUGGUAAAUAUAAUGCGAAGUAGAGGAGUGAAAGUGGUGGACCACGUUGGGGCAGGCCAUCAUGGAAUGGAUCUCCUUGAGCUAAGCAAAGCUGGCCCACUCUUCAACCUCGUUAAAGAUUUCGUACACCCCUCCUGAAAUUUGUUUCCAUCAGCCAAAAUAUCUCUAACUAUGAGAUUUGCAUAUUUGAAAAGUAUUUUUGUGUCAUUUUUCCUUUUUAGCUUCCUUCCAUUCUGGCGCCCAAAAUAGAUCAACAGCAUAUAGUCAAUAAUGGCACGCCCAGCCUAAUAUACUGUGUUGUUAUUAUUUUUAUUUUGGGAACAACAGUGAGUUGUGUUAGUCAAGUGAAAAAAAAAAAAAAGAGGUAAAAAUUGUGUUAGUAAUGGAAUAUUGUGCAUUAGACUGAAUUUGAUAUUA